ACAGUCACAUGGGCUGUGUGUGAGUUUAAAAGAGCCCAGAUCCUCAGCAGGCAGUGCAGAGCAGGCUUCCAGAUACCCAUUGGGAACUAGUGGCUGGUGGAUGUAACCUGCUGCCUGGACACAGACUCUAAAGCGUCUAGAACAGGGAAGUGAGACUUGUCCCCAGGGGGCUGCAUCAUUAAAGAUCCUCGCAGCUGUGGUGCGAUAUAAACCAUCUCCCGGUUGGCCACUUACGGUGGAAGUUGCGCUGCAGUUCAUGAACUGACAGAGGAACGACGCUUAUUAACACUCAUAAGAUGGCAAAUCCGGUGACCGCAGCCUGCUGUGUGGUGCUAGCGACGAUUGUGAUGGUACAUGCACAGAGACACAACCAGGAAUUGAAGCCGAAAUCUCACUCCACCAUCUCUGAAUUCACACAGCCACAGAGAGCAGGACGCAGUCCACAGAGAGAAACUCACAACCAGUACGAGAAGAUGGGCUCCAACGUGGUUUUACGGUGCGGUACACUGGAUCAGGACGCAGUGGCUACGUGGAGUGUAAAUUCAACUGACAUUGACAUGUCUCAGCUGAAUGGUUCCUUUCUGGUUUUACAUAAUGUCGAUUUAUCUCACAACGGCUUAUAUUCGUGCUUUGAAGGAUCUUACUGGCGGCUACAUCAUCAGAUCAACCUGAAAGUGGGCAAUCCUCCAAAAGAACCCAUUCUGAUGUGUCGGUCCAACAAUUACCCAGCCUCCUUCUACUGCAACUGGCACCUUCCGAGUCCCACCUACAUCCCCAACUCGUUCAACAUCACUGUGAUGCACGAUUCACAGCAGCUGUUCUGCGAGAGAGACACAGCCCCUAAAAACAGGUGUCACAUCAAGUACAGCCGGUUAUUCUCUACGUUGAAGUACAAAGUGACUGUGGUGGUUACAAAUGCGUUGGGUAGGAACUCUAAUACAAUCAGCUUCGAUGAGUUUUCUAUAGUCAAACCAGACCCACCAGAGAAUGUUCUAGCAAAGCCAGUCCCUAAAAACCCACGCCGUCUGGAGGUGACUUGGCAGAUCCCGUCUUCAUGGCCUGAUCCAGAGUCCUUCCCUCUGAAGUUCUUUUUGAGGUAUCGACCGCUUAUCAUCGACCAGUGGCAACAUGUAGAACUUUCAGAUGGAACAUCACACACAAUCACUGACGCCUACGCUGGUAAAGAAUACAUCAUCCAGGUGGCAGCCAAGGACUACGAGAUCGGAACGUGGAGUGACUGGAGCGUGGCUGCUCAUGCCACCCCGUGGACUGAGGAGCCCAAGUACAUCACGACAGAAGCUCAGAAAACAGAAACAACAACGUCUAUUACAACAACCACCACGACGUCCUAUGUGGUUCCACCCACCACCAAGGAGUUAGAGCCAGAAUCUGUGAUCGGAACCUCGUCAGUGGUCCGGUUGUCGUGGAUGACUGUAUCAUUAUUGGUGCCUAUUGGUGUACUGCUUAUGUGAUUCCCUCUUUGCGUUUCCUGGUGAAGAAAGGAUUUCAAUAUUGAUUUUUCUCAAUUUUGCACAUGUUAAGGAGGAACCCGUUUCUUUUCAUUUUAUCUUCAUUGGUUAAUGUUUAUUUUUCUUAGAAUGGACAAAUCCAGCGAAAUAUGGAGAGCUGUUAAUGCCCAGCAAUUCAGACAGAUCUGUUUGGGGGGGAAAAAAAAUAUCAAAAACACACAGUAACAAAGACAAUACUGUAACAAUAAUUCAACUGUAUCUGCAGUAAAAAUAAAGAACUGUCUGCCAAAACAAGGGACGCUUUAUUGGAAGCCGGCCAGAUUUACACCUGCACAGCAUGUCCGUGGGAGGAUCUCUGCAUACAGAGAGUUUGGAUCAGGUUUUGGUUCAAGGGACACCAAGAUCGUCAUUGGAUCAUACAGCUAUACAGCCAUGCCAAAGACUAUCACUAGUUUAUUUCCCUCGAUGCUGUGCUCCCCUACGACAACACAAGAAACAUGCUACAGCUGUCCGAAGGGCAAGACCCAGAGCAAAGGAUUCUGGGAUAUUCUGAGCCACACUCUCGCUCUGUAAUAUAAACGUUUCCUUCUUUAUAACCGUAUUGGCCUUUAUUUCUCAUGCUUUACUUUUUUAUGAAAUGUGCAAACUGUGUUUCUCUUUAUUUUAAAAUCUUAUUUUUUGUAUUUUUUUUUUUUUUGCUGCUGUCCAGAAAAACAAAAACCCCGCCAUCCUCUUCUUAUGGUCGUUCGUUUGAUACCAACAUCAGAACUAGCUGAUUGAUUGACUAAAGGAGGCGUUUGCAAUGAGUCGCUGACCGCCAUUCUUCAAAAAGGAUUACAUUCGGGAGACGCUCGUUAGCAUCCUACUAUGAGAUAAACAUUUUUAUUAUGGAGGCUCUCCUAAAACGUUCCCACAUUUCUGAGACAUUCCCUCUCAAUGGGGCUGACAUUGUUUGCUGCCCAGUGACAUAAAACACGUGCUGUGAUGGGGGCUGUUUCUAUGGUGGUCCCACUGAUGUGGAGUGAUUUAAACAUAACAUGACACAUUA